UAGACUAAUUUAUUCUGUGUUAACUUUUGCAAAAGGGGAAUUUUAAAAAGUUUAUAUCAGAGAUAGAGUUUGAUUAAUGUUUUGCUAAAUAAUUAUGUGGUAACAGGGUUUUUGUUUAUAAAAGAUACUGAUGAAAGUGUUAUUCUAUGACAUGUACUAGUUUCUGCAGUACAUAAACUUUGAAUACCAGUAGGCUAAAUGAAAUUGAUAUUGUACUUAUCUGGUUGCUAAUUAAUUUCUCUUAAUGAAUACAUUUUGUGCCAAGUAACAGCUCCUAUUGUCUGCAUUAACUGUUAUUUCCCUCUGAACCAAUAUAAUAGUGUAUCCUGUUACAAGACAUUGCCGGAAAAAUCCAUAACAUGAUAAUAUGGCGGCAGUGGGAAUGUCUUGUGUAUUGGAUAACAGUAGGUUGGCGGUACUGAUGUCACUAGUGUAUUGGAAAUCAUAAGUAGCAUUGAUCACAUUCCCAAUGGAGACCUGCAGAUAAACAGACAGUAUUGUACAUGAAUUAUUAUAUUAAAGCAAUUAUUGGAAAUCAUGGAACUUCUGUAGGCACCAGAUAUUAGGUUCUUACAGAAUACCAGGAUUCCUGAAAAGUUAUGGUUUUAAUAAUGUAAUAAAAAGCAUUGUGGCAGAAAAGGAAUAUUAUCUGGAUAAAUAUACAGAGAAUAUAUUUACAAUUAUUGGACGUAUAAUAGUGAACAGAAAUUAAGAGAACAGAUUUUUACCUGAGAAGAUUGGAUUUGAAGUACAAAUGUUGAUAUAAAAACUUCGAAUAUAGAAAUUGACCAAAGUUUGACCUUGAUUGAAGAGUGACCUUGACCUGAAUGUGAUCACCAUGGUGAUAGGAUGGGGAGUGGACAGGUCUACAAGUGCAAUUAUUGUGAUCCUGUUUAUAUGCUUGGAGAAGUCAUGGUCAGAAACAGUGUAUAUGGACCGGUAUGGGGACUGUUUUCAUGGAGGACCAAUGGAGGUUGAUGAUGAAAGUUACAAAAUCAUGGCUCAAGGGGGUGAUGCAUACGAUACAUUAACAUGUGAAAUGACAUUUAAGUCACUAAAGAAUGACCGUCUUUGCCUGAGUUUUACAAGUUUCCAUAUAAGAAAAUGUGAUGUGAAAUUAUCGGUGUAUUCAGAGAAAUCAGCCUCUGGGAAUGCUAUGGGAACCUAUACCUGUCAUACAGGAGGUGUUCCUGACAUGGUGUGUAGUGAUGGUAAAUACCUAACAGUGCUGAUGAAAAAACAAGAGCUGUCUCAUGAAGGGUAUGACUUUGUGAUGAUGCUUAGAGAAUAUAGUCAAACUGAUGCAUUUGCAGAUGGUAUAGAUGCCUACAUUGUCAGUAUCAGUGUCAUAGUGGGUAUUAUUGUGGCGGUGAUUGUUGUUGUCAUCUUGACAGCUGUCGUUAUAGUGUGCUGUUGUUGCAAAAAUAGACAGUUCAAUACGCCAUACAGGCAAAAAUCAAGUGCCUCAUCUAGAACAGCGUACACUGAUGUUCCAGUACAGCCUACAGAAAAGCGAGAGAAAAAAAGAUACAAUACAAUUGCCGCAGAUCCAAUAUAG